UGUGUACAUCUGAUUAGUUUCCUGCCAAAUUACUGCAGUAUUUGAACAAUUUCUCUAAGGCAGCUAUCAAAAGCUUAAACUGUCAUCUGUGGUGAUACCUGUAGCAAUCAGUUGUCGCGAUGAGUUUAGAAACGUUACUAGAAGCGGCGCACUAUUUAGAGCAACGUGGAGACGGGAAGCCAAAAACACGUGACGAGGCAGGGAGAAGUUUUCACCCAUAUGCAAAAACACCUCCGCCAGGGUACAGUUCCGAUGGAUCGAACGAUAACAUGGGAUUUUCGAAGUUCUACUCAGAUUUAAAGGACAAUGUGGAAAAGAGGCGUUCUGGCGGUGCAGGGACACGGGAAGUUCAUAAUAAGUUGGAGAAAAACAGACGUGCUCACUUAAAGGAAUGUUUUGAUACCCUGAAAUACCAGGUCCCUUCAAUCCAGGACAAGAAAACUUCAAAUCUGACCAUCUUAAGGGGAGCUUUACGUUAUAUUCAGGUAUUGAGGAGAAAAGAGAAGGAUUUUGAACAGGAAAUGCAGAAAUGGGCAUUAGAGAAGAUUGCUCUUCAGCAGAGAAUUCAGGGGCUGAAAAGCGACCUCAACAAAAUGAACAUCGAGUUUGACCUUGACCUUUGGGUGUCCAACCAGGAUCAAGAAACUGCCUCCACAUCAACUGCCUCAGAAAAUGGCAGCGUACAGCUGAGCGAUGAGGAGGUGUCCAAAUCUGUGUUACAAACUAGGGAAUCUAAAUUGAAAGUGGAAACUUCCAUGCCAGGUGAAUCCUUGACAGUGACAACUUCGUCAUCAGCCAGUCAUCCCAAACAGCUCAACGCGGCCAUCAUGACACCAGUCGUCCCCACGACUUACCGAACACCCGUCACACAGAUCCUUCACCAGACCAUUACUCAGAGAGCCGCCAUGCAACAACUACAGAUGUUGCAACGACAACAGAAGGAAACUGCAGAUAAAGUGUCGACCGUCCAGUCCAGUAAUACCCGCACUCCUGCCCAGAUUGUGCCCUCGGUAGCACAAGUGCGACCUCAGAGCGGAUUGUCACAAGCUGUCACUCUGCAGACAAAACCCCCUCUUAAUUCCCACAUGGCCACAGUGAGCAAACUGGCAUCUGCCAUUGCCAUGCCAAUAUCUACAACUCCAAAAUCGGCAGGGCCAGCACUGAUGCCAAUUGUAAGCAAACCGCCAUCAAGUGUGGUUGCCAUAGCAUCAUCUGCCACAACCACUGCUGCGGCAAGUUCUGUAAGUCAACACAGUGCAAAGCAGGCAGCUAGCCUAGCCACUCCGGCUGUGACGCCCACAGUGACAUCGCCAGCCAUGCAGGUGGGCAUUGUGGGUAAUGCAGCAAUAAAUCAGACUUUGACAGCAUCGCUGAUGAACCAUGGGCUUACGAACCACAAUACUAUCACUGCAGUCCCGACAAAUAUCAAGCAACUGCUUGGAACUGGUGCCCACCUGGUAUCUGCAGGGACGCAACUGUCUGCGAUCAACCCGCUGAGAACAUCAACACUUGGACAGAUGUUGUCAUCGGUUUCGAAUGUGGGUGGUGUCAGUAUAGCAGGAGCCAAUCAGCUGUCUGCAGUCCAUCCGGUCGUUUCGUUGGCACACAUCACGCCUGGAUCGGCCCACAUUAUGUCGCCCAUGUCAGUGGUUUCCCCGAAUGUGCAUGUUAGCAACCUGUCCCAGCAACAAAUAAACAACAUGAUACAACAACAACAACCACUGCUGAAGUCCCUUAACCAAUUGCCACUGAUUCAGCCUCAGUUCCUUCAGGCCGGUCAAGUGGUCAGUCAGCAGAUGGUCAAACCUGUUGUGUUGGUACCCAGCGGAGUGGCCACGUCGUCUGGGCAACCAGCACAGGUCACCAUGUCUGUCACCCGCUCGACUUCGUGAAAUUCACGGAGUUAGCAUAGAAGAAAGACAAAUUUUCAAGUCAUCUGUGAUAUAUGUUAGAGAUUAUACACAAAAGUGGAUAACAUUUUAUCCAUAUACAUGCAUGUAUAUUUAAAAAUACAAAAGGAAAAAAAUGUAACAUGUAUUUUGUCCUAUAGACGAGAUAACUUGAUAGAGUUUAACUGUGUAGUUAAAGGUUAGUAGACAAGAAUUUACUAGAACUGGACAACCCAUUUUAAUGUUACACCGCCUGCAAUGGUCAAAGACUUCUUGCUAAUUUCAACAAAAAAUUUUUAUUCCCAGAUAGAUAUGCAUUAGAAAGUUUAUUAGUGACUUCUACAAAACAUUUUCAGGUUAAAAAAUUGGAGAAAAUUGACACAAAAAGGUUUUAGGUAUGUUGUGUGAUGGUUUAGGUAUGUUGUCCUCAUAGCAGUUAAUGUUGAGAUGGUAUGAUGAAUCCAGCACCGUAUCGGAAUGUAUUGUUUCAUUUCUUCAUAAACUGUGCAUUAGUGGUAAAAAGCUGCUUAAAUAAUCCUGAAUUAACUGAUGAGCAUUCUAACAUGUACCAGUAAACAGUUUUACAGGCACUAGUUACAUCUGACAUCUGAACUUGAAGGAGAACAAUUAUAAGUUCAGAUGAGGAGGAGUGAAAUUUAUAAAUAUACAUGGUUAGUCAAUUUUUCUUUAAGGAGAAAAAGACAUUUGUAUGGUGGGUAGUUAUGACAACAUUUUCGUAUAUAUCACUUUUGCAUAAUAAUGUUCCAAGUGAGGAUGUCAUGCAUUCCUAAUAAAUGUAUUUGAUUGUAAAAAAAAACUGAAUUAUGCUAUAAUUUCGUGACAUAAUGAAAUAAAAAUGAUGAAAAUUUUAGAUCAACAUAUUUGUCAGGAGAAAAGCACAAAUUUCAGCACAAAGAAAGUUUUACUGUCUUUGUGUUCAAAUGUGUAACAUCUACAUUUACAAUAUAUUUUUUGGAAAACUGUGUAUACCAAGAGGUGGUCCCAAACAACACACCAUACAAAAAUCAAAAUUCCUCUUCCCCCUAAUUCCCCCUUAACGAAAAAUUGUAAAAAAUACUGAAGACUACAUGUACAAAAACAUUUGAGACAUCAUUUUUAUGUUUUCUCCACCUUUAAGUGUACUGCGUCUUAGAAACAGGGGCCAAGUCCAUGAAGCCAGUGUGUUGACUUUAAACAAAAUUGCAGACAUUUGAAACCCAUUUUGGCACCAAGGAUUUGAAAAGAUAGACAUUUGAGGUAUUAUGUACAGAAAAAUCCUUCACAAAGUUUCCUAGUUUGUAGUCUAAGCACAUGCAUUCUAAUGAAAUUUUUAAUUUUGACUCGAGACAUUUUGUGUAACGUUGCCCUGGAAUUGUAAGAAGGGUUACAAGAAUGGGCAUGUUAGUGUCUGUCCACUUAUGGUGUGAAUGUAUUACAUCGAACUUAGAAAUAUCUCAACAUUUCUAGAAUAGAUUAUUUUCUGAGUACCAGGGUCCAAUUCCACACAGUUAUUUAUGAGGAAAGUUUUAGGUCAAGGCUGUUGAAAUGUUAGAAGUCUUUCUAACUGUUCAGUUUGUUUACAAAAGAUAAAGCAUUAAAAAGUAAGCAUUUCAAUAAUGUAUCAACUUUUGACCAUGUAAGCCAGCAAAGACUGCAUGAUAAAUAUGAAUGUCAGGUCUGAAAAAGUUUGAAUAUUUGGUGAAGACAAUGUUUCACUUCCAAGGUUUUGUUCUUAAUAUGUGUAUAAAGACUGGCGAGUCUGAAAUGUCCAUUUGGGUGGAUUUAAUCUUGCCCUCAUACAAAUAUCACUGCGUAAGAAUUAGAGCCUUUUUUCACUCCUUUCAGGCACUGAUAUCUCACCCUUACCAGUAAAUAAAAAUCUGAUCUUGUGAGCAAACAGUUUCAACAUUGUGUGCAUCUACACGGAGCUGUAAGAUUUACAUGUGUAGGAGUUCAUCAAGGGGACAUAACUUUAGCAAUACAGUUGUGUCUGAACUUGUAUGUAUAAACACUACAGUCCAUGGCAAUAUUUUGGUUUGGUGUUUCACACCGUAAAAUUCCACCUUCAGUGUAAAGUCAAAGCAACUAGAGAAAACACA